AGCCUUGAUGUUGUCCAGCAGCCUCGACGAGCCCGUAUGUGCGGCUUCGGUGACAAGGAUCGACGGCCAAUAACACCACCACCCUGCGUGCGGCUCGUCAUCACCGAUCUCGCUACAGGAAAGGAGAUAGACUGCAAUGAUAUUGACCAUUCCAUGUUUGUACUCAACGUUGACCUGUGGAACGAAGACGGCACACGCGAAGUCAACCUCGUCCGCUCGUCCACAAGCAGCCAAUCAGUCUCCUCCGCAGCUCCAUAUCCGUAUGCAUCCAUCACCCUUGGAGAGAGCUCGCACUCGACGUACGGGCAAAAUGUCCCUCCCCCGAGUCGUGAAGCUGCUUAUGGUUUAUCACAAACUGCAAACUACACCCCAGAAUACCAGACUCAGCCUCCUCAACCUCCCCAAUCUACUUAUACUCAAGCUUUCGGAGGGUAUAUGCAGGACCCAAACUCGCUGACGAAAAUGGCCGUGGUCGGUGGCCAGCCUCAGGGCAUGUUUACACGGAAUCUCAUAGGGAGCUUGGCUGCAAGCGCAUUUCGCCUAACCGAUACGACGGACCAUCUCGGCAUUUGGUUUGUCCUGCAAGAUCUCAGUGUCCGAACAGAAGGACCAUUUCGCUUACGAUUCUCUUUUGUCAACGUUGGCGCUCAUGGGGGGGCUGGCAAGGUCAAUACAGGAAGGGCUCCGAUAUUGGCAUCAUGUUUUAGCGAGGUUUUUAAUGUUUAUUCUGCAAAGAAGUUCCCCGGAGUUUGCGAAAGCACGCCUUUGAGCAAGACGUUUGCAGCGCAAGGCAUCAAGAUUCCCAUCCGCAAGGAUGCGAACCUCAAGGGUGGAGAUGGAGAGGAUGAUUACGUUGACUAAAGACUUGCAUUCCCUAGUAUGGCCAACGAAUUUGUUGAUUAAUUUUGCUAUCGACUUGGACGACAAUGUUGACAUAAAUGUGCAACGCUCGGAGAGAAAAGGGGUCAUAGCCAAAACAGAAACAGUCAUCUGGGAAUCGUGAGCAGAGCCCCAGCCCCGGAUGCCAUGACGAAGGAUAUAAGAAAACACGCAUGUUGAGACAAG